AUGCGAUGUCGUUUUCGUCGAUUAAACUAUAUCUUAUUCUUAAGUAUUUCUUUAUUUCUAUUUUAUCGAAUAUAUAACAUAAAUCCUAUAUCAUUAUACUCACAAUCACCUUUUACACUCAUUCAUUAUCAAAACAACACUUAUCGUAUACUUUCAUCAUCUUUUAAACAUAAUUCUCGUGGAUCAUAUCUUAAUUUUGCUUAUUUCAAUGUUGAACAACGUAAUCGAGUAUUAUACAUUGAUUUUUUAUAUGAUAUACCCGUUUCAUCUCAAUGGCAAUCGGAUGGACAUCUUUAUCCAAUACAAAUUGCUCAAUAUGGUUUAAGUCACUGGAGUCGAUUAGAACUCAAUUCAAAAAAUCAACAAAAUAAAAUAUAUAAAUUCGAACGACUACAGCCAAAUAAAAAUAAUCAUUGUUCAUCAUGGCAUACAAUAAAAGAUGAAAUAUUUCUUUCAAAUACAUAUAUUCAUUUUACAAUUUCAUCAAAUUGUUCAUUACAUUUUCAUUUUUUCAGUAAUAAUAUAGAACUUGUUUAUUCAACAAAAACAAUACACGAUUUAGAAACUUUAACGAAGAGAAUUAUUCCACUUAAAGGUUCUCCUCGUCAAGCCAGUCGAUAUAUGUUAAUUGAUAUAGAAAAACUGAUGAGAAAAACACUUGUUUUCAGACGUGAUCUCAUCAAAAUUCAAAUUUGUGGUGAUACACAAUCUAGCGUUACUCAAUUAAUUAUUGGUAAUCAAACUUUGUAUGAUCAACAAGCAUUUUAUUCAGCAACACGAUGGUUAUUAAAUAAUCAAGAUUUACAAACAGGUUGUUGGUUUAUUCAUGUUCGACGAAAUUAUGGUCAUCAUACUCAGUAUCAUUUACGAAAUCCAUGGUGUUCAGCAAUGGCACAAGGUCAAGCUGCAUCAUUACUCGUUCGUCUCUAUUCACUAACAAAUAACAAGGAACAUCUAUUAGCUAUUCGUCGAGCUAUUCAACCAUUAUGGUCAUCAAAUCUGACUCGAGCUUAUUUUAACAAUCGUUUUCUUUGGCUUGAAGAAUAUCCAUUAGAAUCAUCAACUAAAGGUCUUUUUGUUCUUAAUGGAUGUCUUUAUGCCUUAAUUGGUAUCAUUGAUGCUAAUACGAUUGAUUAUCAACCAUAUUUAUCUGAAUUAAUAAAUCAAAUAAUUAUUUCAUUACAACAUAUGCUUCCAUAUUAUGUUCAUCCAAAUAUUUCAAAUUGGUCUCUAUAUGAUUUAAGUCAUAUAACAAUGAAAUCAAAAAUAAAUACAGCUUCUUAUUCAUAUCAUCUUGUACACAUAACUUUACUUCAAUGUUUACGACAGAUAUUUAAAAAAACAAAUCAUUCUGUAUCUCAAUUAUUUGAUUUUUAUGUACAACGAUUUACAUCAGCUAUUUUGUAA